AGAGAUCAAAGAGCGCCUGGAUGUGAGGUAGCAACAUAUCAAACCCGGAAGGAUAAAGAAACAGGUUGAAACACAAAACUACUAAACGCAGCAAACAGCAUCUCUGUGUACAGUUACCAUAAGAAAGAGGAGAAGGGAGGCAGGCAUACCGGAGCGGAGGACAGGGACUGCGAAACAAGUAGAUAGCAAUGACCCUAGCUGUGUUUUUCGGAUGUUCAUUUAUCGCUUUUGGGCCAGCGUUUGCCCUUUUUAUUUUCACCAUCGCCCGAGAUCCACUGCGAGUGAUUAUCCUUAUCGCUGGGGCCUUCUUCUGGCUGCUGUCUCUGCUGCUGUCCUCGCUGGUCUGGUUUAUUGCCAUGAAAGCCAGCAAUGAUAAAGAUCAGCAGUUACAGAGGGGCCUCCUUAUAUUCGGGGUGAUGUUUUCUGUCCUACUACAAGAAGUGUUUCGCUUUGCUUACUACAAACUAUUGAGGAAGGCCAGUGAAGGUCUGGCAGCAUUGAGUGAGGAUGAGCGAUCGCCUAUUUCAGUCCAGCAAAUGGCAUAUGUGGCUGGACUGGGGUUUGGUAUCAUGAGCGGAGCUUUUUCAAUGAUUAACAUCCUCGCUGACUCGCUGGGCCCAGGAAUAGUAGGGAUCCAUGGGGAAUCUCAGUACUACUUCCUCACCUCAGCCUUCAUGACAAUGGCAGUGACCUUGCUGCACACGUUCUGGGGAGUGGUGUUCUUCGACGGCUGUGAGAACAGGAGAUGGUGGGUGAUUGCAGUUGUCGUCGCACUCCACCUGCUGGUGUCUGGACUGACGUUUCUCAAUCCAAUAUAUGAGGGCAGCUUACCCCCAGCCUAUGUAAUACUAGUAUCGAUGGCUGUCUGGUCUUUCUUCUCAUGCGGUGGGUCGCUGCGGAACAUUCAGCAGUUGUUGACGUGUAGGAAGAAUGAUGCAGGUUCCGAGGUUGCAUCGUAACUCUGGAAUCGGUUUCCGCAUCCCUGGGGGCAGAAGUUCUUGCCAGGACUUUCAGCCGUUCUGCAAAAUUCUGAAUGAAAGCAGUAUUAGAAGGGCAGCAUUCCAGUUCAAGCAAUACACCUUUACUCCUCACAGACUUGUGUAGGACCCACUGCUCAAGAGAAUCAGCAGUACCGUCAUAUUUGCACAUGGACUAUGGUUGCGUUUUAUGUCUUCUCUUAAGCUGGAUUCUGCAUCCAUAUGUGUGUGUGUGCAUGGGAAGGAGUGAGCUUGGGGACAGAAGGGUCAGUUUGACUAAGAAAUGUAUUUUAUUUUAAUAAUGUGCACCUCCUGUGCAAAGGCACUUCAGCAAAGAAUGCCAUUUUUCCUUAAUGGACAAACACAUCUUGGUAUCCCAGUAGGUCCCUUCACAUCAUGUUGUACAUGUGGUUCUUUAAAUGGACACUGUAGGCUUUUGUUAUGUGACCACUUCAUUUAGUUUGGCUACCAAUCACGUUUUUGUUACAUUUACUGAGAGUAUAUUUACUGCAAAGCAUUGAAUCAACUAAUAGAAAUGGCUAAUUGUAGUCUAUGGUCUAGCCAGAGGGUGGCAGUGUUGGGCAGUAUAUAUAAAAAAAAAGUGGUCAUGCUUUAUUUUAAGGGCUGUUUUUUUUUUUUGUUUGUUUAACUAUUAACAGCUAAUAAACAUGUUCAUGUACAUUAUUUUCUGUUAACAGUCAGUUAAUAAUAUAUAAGCCAGCUAAAACUGCAAACACCAGAGCGGAUGAUCAAUACCCAGUUAAUCAUAUGCUUCAGAUCGGUUCAAAUUGUUACUGUAGUAAUGUUUAGCAAAUUAAAUCAGGUUUUUAUUAACCCUAAGCUAAAAAUUAACAAUGUUUAUUAAUAGUUAAUAAACUAAAAAAAGGCCCUUUAAAAUAAACCCUGACCAAAAAAAUUAACAUGCUGUUACACAUCUGAAGGAAAUACUGGGCUCGGGCCAGUGUUGUUAAGAACCGGGUCUGUAAAUGUUUGAGAUCAUGUUUCAGAAUGUGAAUACAGAUUCUGACAGAACAGCAGGAUUUGUCCAUCCAAAUUUCUGUGUCUUUUCAUGUCUUGUGUCAUUUUGACAAAAAAUGCAUGAAAUUGUCACAAAUAUCUGAUCAAACAGAUUUUCAAACUACAUGGUCAACACAAUCAAGGCUUCAGCAAAAUAUGGACGCAUUUCUACCAUUUUUCUAGGGAAUUAAAAACAUUUCAACAACUAUACAGAAUUUUUGUUAGGGGUGUAUUGAUGAAUUGUGAUAUUUUUCCUCCCUAACCCACGGGAGCGCCAGAGCCAAUGCACGCUCCUUUCGGAGUCCCCAGUGACGAAUGCCGAUUUCCCUUUGGAGUCCCCAGUGACGAACGCCGAAUUCCCUUUGGAGUCCCCAGUGAAGAACGCCGACUUCCCUUGGGAGUCCCCAGUGAAGAACGCCGAAUUCACCCUCCGCUCAUGCAGCAAUUACCAGAUGAGCCACUCGAAGACCCCCAACAACUUUAUGCUUUGUGCAUAUUUAGAAAUCCUUUAUUCUUACUCGUACAAGGAGAGAGGGAUACGCGUAAAGCCUCGACAACACAUAGGUCAGGUUUUAUCAUAAUGAACAAGUACAAUUGGUUUGGCAGGUGCUGUGUGUGCAGAGACAGAGCUACCUUUGUAUGAGGUGGUAAUGGAACGUCAAGUCUGACGCAUGCAAGAGCAGUGUUUGCUCAUAUGGGGGGGGGGGGGGUUGCUGGCCUGGUACAGCAAUCUCUUUCAUCCUUGGUGUUAAAAAUAAAUAAAUUAUAUAUAUAAUUUUUGUACCAAAUACUAGUUUUAAUUUGAAAGGAGGAGUACGUUAAGUGGUGACGGGUCUAUUUAUGCAAUCUGUCACAUUACCUUAUUUUUUAAAUGUUUUACGCUGGUGCGGAUAACUUAAAACAGUAGGAGCAAUAGUAAAAUACACUAAUCGUUGGUCACAAUAAUUCAAUAACUAACUGACUCUUCUGAACCCUUUGUGUGUGUGUUUGUGAGAGAGAGAGAGAUUUUGUAUUUAGUACAACAUAAUAUAAAAAGUAUGUGCCAAAAGAAUGGGUUUAAUGUCUAUUUCUGAAAAGCAAAUAUUCUGUUUUUUUUUUUAAGAUUAAAAAAAAAAAAAAACU